AUGUUUGUUGAGCUCGACAGCGAGCGAUCUGUGGCAAGUGCAUGUCUCUUUCCAUGGCUGGGGUUGGGUCACCAGACUGUGAUGAGUGGAGGGGACCACUUUAAGCCAGCAGUUGAGUAUCAAGAGCGGUGCGGCACGGUAUGGUAUGGUAUGGUCUGGCCUGGCCUGGUGCGUUGCUGCUGUGUUCGAAACGGCGCUUUUAUUAGUCGAGCUGGUGUCUGGCCAGUGUGA